AUGUACAUACGUAAUAAAAAGUACAAUGCGCUAGACCCACUCGCUCCAACUUUUCUGAUAGUAAAACUAGAAGAUAAUUACUUUCGGAUACCGACCUCGCUGAGCGUGUUCAUGAUGAAGGAACCACCGCCGAACGAAGAAACGAACGGCGAACCUUCGUUGAAAGACACCAACCAAUCCUCCAGAACGAACCAAACCGAGGAGAGAAAGAACGACAAGGUGGUAUCCAGCGGUGGUGAUCAGUUCGAAGAUCUCGAGGACACACCACUCGACUUCCGAAAGAUGCAAGAACAGGAGAGGAACAAACCGGGCGGCAAGCAACAGCAACAAAUGCCGAAGAAGAAGCUUCACACCUGCGAGAUCUGUUACGCGACGUUCGAUCGAAAGAGCAAACACACCAGGCACAUGUACAAGCACAGCAACUCGAGGCCGCACAAGUGUGCCAUUUGCACCAAGUGCUUCAAAACCACUGCCCACCUGUCCAGACACAUGGAGGUGCACGACGAGCCGGUGAAACUGCACGCUUGCAAUCUCUGCGACUUCAAGGCGCGCACGAAACCCUACCUGAAGAUCCACUACAUCAGGAAGCACACGGAGGACUACAAUUACAAGUGCGAACAAUGCGGCAAGAUGUUCAAGGUCCAGUCGGAUUAUACGACACACGUGAAGGAUCACGACUCGGAGUCGUGCGUCUGCGACAUCUGCGGCUCGUCUUAUCCCAGCAAGAGCUCCCUGUACUUUCACAAACACUACAAGCACAAGACGAAGGUGAAGAAGUUUCAGUGUCUGACGUGUAAGAAGAAGUUCAAAACGCAGAAGAACCUGGACAAUCACAUGGAACUGCACAAGAUAAAGUACGUCUGCGAGCAAUGCGGAAUGGAGUUCAAGACGAAGUACGGGUUGACCAAGCACCUGAGGACUCAUUCGGGGGAGAAAUCUUAUUUGUGCGCUAUCUGCGGGAAGACGUUCGGCUGUCUGAGCUCGCAGAAGAUUCAUCUGUUGACGCACGUCGGGGAGAGACCGUACGUUUGCGAUAUCUGCGGCCAGAGCUUCACGCAGAGGUCGCCGAUGAUGUUGCAUCGAAGGAAGCAUCCUGGGAUGCAUCCUCCGCCUCCGCCUAUCAAAAUCACGAACCUGCUGCACGGUGUACAGGACAAAAUAAUCGUGAACAAGAGCGGCAAGUAA